GAAGUGGAGCUGCGGGGGGAGCGAGGGUCCCAUUGGGUCUGUCUGUGUCCAAUCAGGGCGCUGGGGGCGGGCAGUGGGGGGAGCGGACGACGAGGGGCGCAGCCUGGGCCCCCUCUUGCCGUGGGACCGGCACCCUCGACCCUCCGCCCGGGGCGGAAGUGACGAGCCCCGGCUGCCAAAAUGUCGGCGCCCAGAGGGAGCUAGGCAUCCGUGGGACCCGGCGGUGAUGGAGCUCUAUGGCACUGAUCUGCCCGGGGGACUGGGCACCGGCUGGGCAGAGGAGCCCGGGCAACCCCCCGGCCGGGCGCCUGGCACCAUCGAGCGCAUGAUCCCAUGCUCAGACCCGGAGGACGGCCCCGACGGGCUGGCGCCGACCCCGCUGACGGACAACGGGGCGGGCGCCCGGGUGCCCUUCCACUGCUCCGAGUGCGACAAGAGCUUCCGGUACCGCUCAGACCUGCGGCGCCACUUCGCCCGGCACACGGAACUCAAACCCUUCCAGUGCCCGCACUGCAGCAAGAGCUUCAAGCACUCCUUUAACCUGGUCAACCACAUCCGCAGCCACACCGGCGAGCGCCCCUAUCGCUGCACCGUCUGCCCCAAGGGCUUCCGCGACUCCACUGGCCUGCUCCACCACCAGGUGGUGCACACGGGCGAGAAACCCUACUGCUGCCACGUCUGCGAGCUCCGCUUUUCCUCCCGCAGCAGCCUGGGCCGGCACCUGAAGCGCCAGCACCGCCCUCCCCCCGGAGGGGGCGCUCCCGAGCCGCCCAGCGCCACCCGCUGCUUGGAGCGCCUGUGUGGCCAGGGGCGGGCGGCCCCUUAUGGCUGCGGGGCCUGCGGGCGCCACUUCCGGCAGGCGCCCGAGCUGGGGAAGCACUGGCUGGCUCACACCGACAUCAAGCCCUUCAAGUGCCCCGACUGUGAGCGGGACUUUAACGCCCCCUCCCUGCUGGAGCGCCACAAACUCACCCACGCCAAGGACCGGCCGCUGCUCCUGCCCUGCCAAGGCUGCGCGGGCAAGGGGGCCCCGGGGCAGCAGGGGCCGGGCUGUCCGGCCUGCAAGCCCCAGGACACCCGCCCCCUGGACAGUCUGUACCAGUGCGAGUGUGGCACCUUCUUUGCCAACGCCGGCGCCCUGGCCGCUCACCUGGCGGCCCACACGGGCGAGGCCUCCUUCGCCUGUGGCAUCUGCAGCAUGAGCUUUGGGGCCCUGCCACCCCUGGAGGCCCACCAGCUGAGCCACGCCAUGCUGCUGCCCCCGGAGGGCGCCCCUCAGCCAGUGGCGGCGGGCCCUGUGCCGCCUGCCAGCGGGGAGCUGGAGCGCCACCUGCUGCCGCGGCUGGAGCUACGGGCUUUCCCUGCCCGGCCUGGCAAGAAGCUCUACAAGUGCACGGAGUGUGAGAAGUUCUUCCGCAGCCCGCGGGACCUGGACCGGCACGUGCUGGUACACACGGGCGAGAAGCCCUACCAGUGCACCGAGUGCGGCAAAUUCUUCCGGCACGAGUGCUACCUGAAACGACACCGGCUGCUCCACAGCGGGGAGCGCCCCUUCCAGUGCAGCAUCUGCCACAAGGGUUUCAUCACUUUCAGCAACCUCUCCCGCCACCUCAAACUGCACCGUGGCAUCGACUAGCCGGGCGGGGCCCCUGGCAGCCCCGGCCGGCCUGCACGUCCUGCCUCCCACCUCCGGCUCUCCCUGCUGGCGUAGCCACAGGCCGGCGUGUUCUGCUCGGGUGUCCACUCAGUGCUGGGCUGCGCACACCGGUUGGUUAUUGUAGGGUCUCUGGCACAUGUCAGUUUGUUUUUGUAGGGUCACUCAAGCACUGGGCUGCACAGAUUGGUUUGUUAUUGUAGGGUCUCAUUGCACGUGCCGGUUUGUUUUUGUAGGGUCACUCAUGAGCGCUGGGCUGCAUAGAUCCGUUUGUUAUUGUAGAGUCUCUCUGCACCUGCCGGUUUGGUACUGUAGGGUCUCAUUGCGCAUGCUGAUUUGUUUUUGUAGGGUCUAAAUUCAAAUGGCAAUCUAUUGCUGUAGAGUUACUCAUGAGCGUAAGCCAGUUUGUUAUUGCAGGAUCACUCGUUGGUGCUGGGUUGUACACAAUGGUUUGUUGUUCUAGGGUCUCAUUGUACACGUUGGUUUGUUAUUGUAGGGUCUCACUACAUAUGCUGGCUCAUUAUUGUUCGGUCCCUCUCAAGCUUGGGACUGCACAGAGAAUUGUUGUUAGAGGGAGUUGGGACUGUGUGGGCCAGUCUGUUCUUGUGGGGUUUUUGAAAGUGCUCAGGCAGCUGUGCGCCCUAGGCUAGUUAUCAGCCCUGCCCUUGCUUCCGCAGGACGGAAGACUCGGCAGUCACUUAGAAGGAAUAUAUCUAGGGAUUCUGCAUUGAGACUACUGACUCCCCCUGCCUGCACCGCCCGGCAUCCCCACUAGGGGUCUCUGGGCCCAGAGGGUCCCUGGCACUGCUCCAGCCUGUGCUGCCCGGCAUCCCCACUAGGGGUCUCUGGGCCCAGAGGGACCUUGGCACUGCCCCAGCGUGCGCUGCCCGGCAUCCCCACUAGGGGUCUCUGGGCCCAGAGGGACCCUGGUGCUUCCCCAGCGUGCGCUGCCCAGCAUCCUCACUAGGGGUCUCUGUAUAUCCAGGGCCGUAGUGUCUCCUGGACUCUGUCCCUUCCUGCACUGCUCUGCUCAGUGGUUUUGCCCUGUGUGCCCCCAUCUUUCCCCUGCGAACCCCCUGUCAUGGACCCUCUCUCCUCAGUUCAUAGCAGCUUGGGGUCUGUCCCCAUUGACUCAAUGGAGCUGCUGCCAUUGACCCCAACUGGGAGUCUGUCCCCAUUGACUCAAUGGAGCUACUGCUCAUUGAUCCCAGGUGGGGGUCUGGCCCCAUUGACUCAAUGGAGCUACGGCCAUUGACCCCAGCUGGGGGUCUGGCCCCAUGGACUCAAUGGAGCUAUGCCCAUUGACCCCAGCUGGGGGUCUGUCCCCAUUGACUCAAUGGAGCUACUGCUCAUUGACCCCAGGUGGGGGUCUGGCCCCAUUGACUCAAUGGAGCUACUGCUCAUUGACCCCAGGUGGGGGUCUGGCCCCAUUGACUCAAUGGAGCUACGGCCAUUGACCCCAGCUGGGGGUCUGUCCCCAUGGACUCAAUGAAGCUAUGCCCAUUGACCCCAGCUGGGGGUCUGCCCCCAUUGACUCAGUGGAGCUACGACUAUUGACACCAGCUGGGGGUCUGGCCCCAUGGACUCAAUGGAGCUAUGGCCAAUUGACCCCAGCUGGGAGUCUGGCCCCAUGGACUCAAUGGAGCUACGGCCCAUUGACACCAGCUGGGGGUCUGGCCCCAUGGACUCAAUGGAGCUAUGGCCCAUUGACCCCAGCUGGGGUCUGGCCCCAUGGACUCAAUGGAGCUACGGCCUAUUGACACCAGCUGGGGGUCUGGCCCCAUGGAUUCAAUGGAGCUAUGGCCCAUUGACCCCAGCUGGGGUCUGGCCCCAUGGACUCAGUGGAGCUAUGGCCCAUUGAUGCAAGCUGGGGGUCUGGCCCCAUUGACUCAGUGGAGCUAUGGACAUUGACCCCAGCUCGGGGUCUGGCCCCAUGGGCUCAAUGGAGCUACAUCCGAUUUAUUCCGGUUUAUGCAUCUAUCAUCUAGGAAGAGCAGAAUAUUGGAGCCACGAGGGUAAUUUUAAGGCCGUGGCUGAAGGCUGCCCCAGAGACUAAGCAAGGCCUUUAACAUACAGACUCGGACUCAGUCGGACCAGAAGGAAUCUCCAGAUUCUUCCCUGCACCGCGGUCCGUGCAACCCCGACCCAGGCAGCCUGAGCUGCCACACUGCCAUCCAGCCCGUGGGGAGGCAUCGCUUUGGAUCCCACCGCUGGCACCAAAUCCUUAGUGAUGGCCAAGACCCGUUCACACGCACGCACAUCCUAGUCCGGGCUGGCAAAUGGAGAACCAGCAAGCCUGGGAGCUUGGCUCUAGCCCUGCCUGUCUCCUCUAAGCCUAGAGCGCGGAGGCUGGAAACGGAAACAACUGCAGGAUGUGGGGGUGUCACACAGACGCCCCUUCCCCAACCUUCCACAUGCCCUCUCACCCGGCUAGGUCCUUGAAAAGAUGCUUCUCUCCCAUUGCACGCUGGUGUGUUAUUGUAGGGUCUCUCGGUUGUGUGCUCCACACCCUUUGGUUAUUGUAGGGUCUCUAAGAAAUGCCCAAGGUCACGCUUGUUGUUAUAGAUUCUCUCAGGAGUGCUGGGGCUGCACACACCCUGUCAUUAUUGUAGGGUCUCUCAUAUUGCCGAGGGUCACACUUGUUAUUGUAGGGUCAUUUGCAGACGUUGCCAGUUCAGUACCACAGGGAAACUCCUGUGCUGCAGAUGCUGGUUUAUUAUUGUAGGGUCUGUCAUAAACACAUGGUUGCCCGCACUGGUUUGCAGUUGUGAGAUCUCUGCUGGACACUAGGCUGCAGCCACUAGGGCUUCUUGUAGGGUCUCCUCAACGCUGGGUCGCACACAUCAGCUUGUUAUUGUGAGGUCUCCCAGGAGUGCAGAUCUGUGAACAUUUUGCUCAGCUGCUGAAGGGUCACGGCGCUGGUUUUGAGGGGAGGGGAGACAGAUGCUGGAGCCGGAGCUGGGAAGAGUGAAUCUCAGAUUUUGGAUUGACUGGUCCUCCCCUAUCCCUGGCUGAACGAGGAAUCCCCUGCAUGUGAUAUCCCACCGUGGCGCCAACUCUAGUUCCCAAGAGCCAGAUCCCCGUUUUAAAAGAAUCUUUUUUUGGUUUAAAAUAGUUUAGCGUCAUUUUUUUCUCUCCUUUUGUCUGUAAAAAAUCCCCCAAACUCCCCUGCUGAGAAGCUCGACACUAAAAAACCAGGAAAUAAAAAAACUCUCUCCCUCCUGACCAAA